CUAAGCUUUUGCGCGUAUAAAAGCAGAGCAGCACCAUUUACGCUGCGGAAAAUUUGUCGGUUUCCGCGAUUAGAGGUUUCGGAGUUUUCGCGUAAUUGCUUCGGUCUAGGAAGACAACAUGAUCGAAUUUGAUACAGGGUGUCGAUUUUAUGAGCUAAGAGCAAUUUCGUCUCUUAUUCUGCCGAAACACUGGAGGGUUUUACGGUUUUCAUACCAAUUACCUGUUCCGUGCACUGCUGAUAUGGCUGACAACAUUGAACGAAGCACUCGGACCCCCAUUUUCCCUCUCAGAAACUCCAAAGUUGUCCUAAAUGAGAGAAUUCUUUCAUCCAUGUCGCACAGAUCAGUUGCUGCUCAUCCUUGGCAUGACUUAGAGAUUGGACCAGAGGCACCAGCUGUUUUCAACUGCGUUGUUGAGAUUAGCAAAGGUGGGAAGGUAAAGUAUGAGCUGGACAAGAACUCUGGCCUUAUUAAGGUUGACCGUGUUCUGUACUCGUCAAUUGUGUACCCUCACAAUUAUGGUUUCAUUCCUCGAACCAUUUGUGAAGAUAGUGACCCAAUGGAUGUCCUGAUACUGAUGCAGGAGCCUGUGUUGUCCGGUUCUUUCCUCCGUGCCCGUGCCAUAGGUUUAAUGCCCAUGAUUGAUCAGGGUGAGAAGGAUGACAAGAUCAUUGCUGUGUGUGCUGAUGAUCCCGAGUUCCGUCACUACAAGGACAUCAAAGAGCUUCCUCCUCAUCGUCUAGCUGAAAUCCGACGUUUCUUUGAGGACUAUAAGAAGAACGAGAACAAGAAAGUGGAUGUGGAAGGCUUCCUGCCAUCUGAAGCCGCCAUAGAGGCCAUCAAGCACUCCAUGGAUCUGUACGCUGCAUACAUCGUCGAGGGCCUGAGACGUUGAUGCACUCCUUGCAAGAAGUCUUACCACAACUCAUCAGGGCUUUUGCUUUGUUACACUUUUUGUGGUACAUAUCCUUCAAAACCAUCUUUGAAGAGCCUCUGUAUAAGAAGCAUCAUCAGUAACAUUUGUCUUCUGGUUAGUUUUCCUUUAGAAUCUCAUCAGGAACUUCAUUGAAUUGAAGCCUUUAAAGACAUGAAUACCAAACCUUUACUAUUCUUCUU